AUGAAGGGCAGCAGUAACAGCAGCGCGCCGGGAAGCCCGGACUCGCUCGCGGCGGCGGCGGACGCCCGGGCCCUUGCCUUCGCCGUCGAUGGCGGCGGCGGAGGAGGAGGAGGCGUUACUUCCUCCAAGAAGAAGGUGAAAGACCUGAAGCUCCGGCCGUCGGGGACCUCGCGCACGCUGCGGCUCAAGAAGCAGGCGCAGUUCACCCCGUCGCCGUCGGAGUUCAAGUCCCGGGAGAGGCAGGACGUCGUGGACCAACCCUUCUGUGGGGUGUGCGCGGCGCCGUUCACCCUGAUGAUGAGGCGUCAGCGCUGCGCCGUCUGCGCGGAUAGCGUCUGCGCGCCGUGCUCGAGCGACAAGCGUCACGUCGAAGGUCAAAAGGGCCUGCAGCGCGUGUGCGACAUCUGUAUCGUGGAGGGACCGGUGGUUCUCGACGAGAACGGCAUGUACGCGGCCAGCCCUUCCCCCGCCGCCACCCCGUUGCCCAUUGGCACCGCCGCACCCUCCGCCGCCUCACCCGCCGCCGCCGCUGCCAACCAGUCGGUUGCCGCGGCCGCGCAGCCCCGCCCGACCUCGUCCUUGUCCGGGGAACGGGAACGCUCAUCACCCGCUCCAACUGCGGCGGCGGCGGCGGCGGCGGGAGCGUCAGGGGGGAAUUCGUCAUCGUCAUCGUCCUCCGCUUGGUCGAUGGCGACGAAAAGGUCGUCUUCAAAGGGCGUCGCCGCCGCGGUGCGGUCUCUGUUUUCGGAUUCUCAGCCGACGUCGUCCGGCAAGUCGCCGCCGUCCGCAAAGUCUUACGCCGCCGCUGCCGCCGCCACUGCCGCCGCGGCCGCUCCGCCGCCGAGCACGGCGGGGAACCCCAAGGCGCCCGUUGGAAACGGCGGGGUCGUCACCAGUAGCUCCGACCGUUCUUCCUCUGCCGCCGCCGCCCGCCGGCCCACGGCAGCAGUCAAGCCUCGGAAGUCGCCCGUGACGGCGACGGUCAAGGCGGCCGCCGACGCGGCCAAGCUCCGUCCCAAGUCGCAGGCGGGGGCGGCGGCGGCGGCGGCAUCGGCGGCGGUGACGUUCAAGCCGCCCAGGUCGCCCGUGACAGUGACGACCGUUGCCAAGGGUAGCGGCGGGCACAGCAUGAGCGGCGGUGGUAUUCGUGGAGGCGGGGGUAAGGGCACCGCCAAGGAAUACUUCAGCAACGCGGCGGCGGCGGCUGCGGCGGCUGAGGGAGAUGAGGCGGUGACGAUUGAGCCGGAAAGGGGCCACGAGGGAGCCGCAGCCAAGCAGGAGGCCUCCGUCGCCGUGGAGGCGGAGAUGCGCGCGGCCGCCGGAGCGGAAGCGCUUGGCGAUGAGGACGACGGGGAGGCAGAGGGGGGUCCGCCGUCCUCCGUCUCCAACACCUCCAAGGGCCGCAAGCGCGGGAAGAAGGCUCGCCGGGCCGCCGCUGCCGACUCGAAGACUCCGCGGGACAGGAGGCAGCAUUCUUGGUCGGGCCAGAGCUUCAGCGACUACGGCGGAGGCGUCGGCGGCAACACCCCGGGAACGAGAUCCUCCAGGUCCACCCCCCCCAGCAACGGCGGCAACGACUUCUCCCACGCCGGCAGCGGCGGCGGCGGCGGCGGCGGCGGCGGCGGGGCGGGGAACACCGCCCCGGUUUGCUCCAACGCUGUGGCACUGGCAGGGACAGCGUCAAUAGCGGCGGCGACUACGGCCUCAGGAGGCGGAGGAGGGUCGAAGGGAAAGUGGGAAUCUGUGGGAAGACAGAGGCGUUCUGCUGGCUCGGGAGGAAGCGAGGCCGGGAUCAGCGACGACGGGCCGCAGGCGGAAGGGGUCGGGGGGGAAGGGGGAGCGGCCAGCGCGUUCGUGAUGGACUUCAUUCGCGGGGCCGGGAUACACCGACUCGAUCCCCGACGCAUCGGGGGGGAAGGCGGCGCGGUUAGCGCCUUCGUGAAGGACUUCGUUCGCGGGGCGGGGAUACACCGGCUCGAUCCCCGUCGCCUGUCCGACCAACUAACCCUCGUCGUCUCUUGGACGGGCCUCGACCGGGCGUGGGCCGGAGCCUGGGUGCUCAUCCGCAAGCUCCUCCAAAAGCUCCUCGAGAUGAGCCAAGAGCGCGGCCGCUGCGGCAACGGCGGCAUGGGCGGACGGUCCCGCAAGGGGGGAGGGGGGGGGGGCAGGAGCGGCCAUUACCACCACUACGUGGGCGCGGCGGGGUCGCACCAGCAGUGGCAGCGCCGCUGGAGGCCCGGCCGACGCGUCGCGGCGGCGGCGUCCCUGACGUUGCUGGCGUCUUAUCGUCGCUACCAGGUCACCCACCCUGAAGUGACGACAGACCACGUCCUCGGCGCGGCCUCCUCCCUCGUCCUCGCGCUCGCGGCCUUCCUUGUCCGUGCCGCCGCCGACCUAACAGUCGACGCCUGCGGAGCCGUGAUCCCGAGCCUCUGCGGCACGCGGGAGGCUCGCCUGGACGCCGCAUACCGCCGCCUCCAGCAGCAGAGGGGCGACGGUGGAGGCAAAGACGAGGUUUGGGUUGGGGGGGAUGCUGGGCGGGAGGGUGGGGUUCGUUCUGUUGCGGAGAAGGUUGGGGGGCCGGCGGCGGAAGGGCACGAGCUGGAUCAGUACUUUAUUCUGUGACAUGGCAGGGUCGAAGGUCGUUGUGGAUGGACGGCGGAGUGGAGGUUUAUACGGUUUUGAUGUUUUUUUGUGGUCACCAGCUCAAAUUAACGGUGUCCCGGUUGUCUGUUUUGUUUUUCUCUUGAUGGUUUUCGUCGCGAGUCUUGUUUGUUUUCUCGGGAAUGUCGCGCGUGCGUGCAUGGGAUGUCUGUAACGUUCUUUUUUAUUCCAACCUUUUCAUUAGAGACCUGGCGCAGAAGGUCCGAGGGUUCCGAAGAAUGCAACUUGACGACAGGAGUCGAAACACGCUGCGAAACGUGGACGUCAAAGUCUGUCUGGACGUUUCUUCCACAAGUCCUCGCGGCAUUUUGCUUCCUUGUCAAAAUUGCCGGUGUUUUUUUGUUGUUGCCGGAGGUGAACGAACCUGUGCCUUGGGUGCCCAACUCUCCAAUUCGCCCUCCGCCCCCCCAGGGCAGUGCAGGCCGACCGGACCGAGUGGGCCGUGUUGCAGUAUCACGAGAGGGCUUGACCACAGACACUGUCGGGGGCCGUGCUGUAAGAGCCGACUCCUUUGGGAAGAAAGAGCUGGGCGGCUGAGGAGCACCCGGCAUUAACCGUUGCUCCCAAAGAAAAUACUGCUUAUGCGUUUUGUUUGUUUUUGCGAAGUUUGCGGUAUGGUUCUGCGGCUGCUGUUCCGGUUUGGUAUGUAUCCUUUUGUCAUUGUUCUCAGUUCGGCCGAGGGGCGUGGUUUUGCGUGGGCGGUGUGCUGCCGAGUCAACUGCGAGAAUAUUCGCAAUUGGGCAAGCAACGUUUUCUUAGUCGGUAUCGCCGUGGGGGGCAAAAGGCGCGUAUGUCAGUCACCUGAUAUAUCACCGACCCGUUGUUGUAUUACUCUCCGUACCGCAACGCUCCCCCAUUCUCCCCUACCCCACCGGUUUAUCGUGCAACCGAUCCCUGGUUCUUGGCCCUACCACUGUGUCUUUGUCGUCCGUAAAUUGGUGCAUGGUUUGUUCGGUGGACAUGUUUGGCAUUUUCUGUGUGUUGAAGUCAUGUUGUUGGACGCGGUAUCGUCUUUGUGGCGUACUUUCUCCGCCCCCUCUCCUUCCGAAAUAUCAUGUGCCCAUGCCCGGUUUUUGUCUUCCCUAGUGCCACCCCCCGCAGCUGGUAUUUUUUGAUCCCGCGUGCAUUCCUUUUGGUUCAUUGGCGUUUCUCGCAGCCUUCCCUAUUUGCGGAUAGUUUUUGCCCUCCCUGUGAUUGAGGGCGCAAGAACGAGAGUGGCGGGGUGAGUUUCGGCCAAUCACUGCGAUUGUCUUGUUGCAUGGGACGGGAGGACUUGAGUGUCACGGAGCACAGCAGCUGAAGUGUUACCAUAGAGCAUCGUCUUUUCGAAGCAGUUAAUGUAGGGAGAAAUGUGGCGAAAUAGUGCGACUUUUUCGCUUGCGAAUGGUGCGUUUUGUUUCCAUGAAAGUAAGUAUGAACCUCAGCAGCACCACAUGCUGACAAUACCCAAGAAGUCUUGAGUCACUCAGGUGUUUAGGCCCUGUCAGCGGGUCGCUUUUACGAACUACACUUUCCCGAGAAAUCUUGUUCGAAGGCAUGUCCAUAUUCCUCGAGGUGGUUACCAACGGGUGUGCGUCCCGUGCAGUCCUCUUGCACUUCCACGCUCGCUCCCGAAAUCGAGUAUUAGCUGUGCGAGAAGAGGGAAUUACCCUCGACAGACGUUGGUGACAUGGAGGCCACAAUUUGUUUCGAGGGGCUUACACGUUGCCCCCGGGUUGGUGGAGAGCCUCUAGUGUUUGCUUAUCAUGAAUGCUCGUUGUACGGGGAUUCGGGACUCAACCGGCUGGUUGCAUGGCUUUUCACUACGUUGGCCAGUCGACAUCGCCAAAAGAUGCUGAAAG